GGCUCCCGACGCGGAGUAGCGCGCGCCGGGUGUGCGGGGAGUCGUCGGGAGCGAAUCGGAGCCCGGGGCGAACCUCCGAGAGGGGAAGCGGGGGCGCGCGGUCGGAGUCCGGCCGCUGGCGAGCCAGAGUCCGCGGCUGAGCGGCCUACGGGGCCCGGCUGGGCGCCGAGGGAGCCGUGACGCCGUGGAGACGCGGAGCGGGGUUGCCGCGGCCUGAGUGAAAUAUUCAAUGAAAAUAACUUGGCCUUUGGAGUAGAAGAAAGACUUAAUUUCACAUUCCUGUUCCCUCACUUUAGUUUUGUGAUUUGACCAUUGACAGAGGAGAAAUUUUCAUCUAGUCUGAAGAAGUUAUUGCUGCUUAACACAUGAAAUACUUUGCAAGAUGUUGGCGUUUCAGAUUUGGAUAGUUCCUGCUUUGGCUCUUUUCCUCACCUCUGAAACUCUAGGUCAAUUUAUCGAAACAUGUGGCCAUAUCACUCCUGAAUCUCCAGUUACACGCAGUCCUGAAUCUCCAGUUAUUCAACGUGGUUCUAAUUUCUCUGCAGUUUGUGUACUAAAGGAAAAAUGUAUGGAUAGUUACAGUGUAAAUGCUAGUCAUAUUUUCUGGAAGAUAAACCGUGUUGUUGUUCCUCAAGAACAAUAUACCGUCAUAAAUAGAACGGCAUCUAGUGUCAAGUUCAUUAAUAUGUCAUCAAAUGUUCAACUCACCUGCAACAUUCGCAUAUUUGGACAGAUUGAUCAGAACAUUUAUGGAAUCAGAGUAACUUCAGGAUUACCCCCAGAAAAACCUAAAAAUUUGCGUUGCAUUGUGAAUGAAGGAGAAAACAUGAAGUGUCAAUGGGAUCCUGGAAGAGAAACUUAUCUAGAAACAAACUUCACCUUAAAAUCUGAAUGGGCAACGGAGAAAUUUGAUGAUUGUAAAACAAAACGUGGCGGCAAUCCCACCUCAUGCACUGUUGAUUAUUCUCCUGUAUAUUUUGUCAACAUUAAAGUUUGGGUAGAAGCGGAGAAUGACCUUGGGAAGGUUAUUUCAGAUCAUAUUGAUUUCGAUCCUGUGGAUAAAGUGAAGCCCAAUCCACCACAUAAUUUAUCAGUCACCAGCUCAGAGGAGCUUUCUAGUAUCUUAAAAUUGACAUGGAUCAACUCAAGUAUUCAGGAUUUUCUAAGACUGAAAUACAGCAUUCAAUUCAGAACCAAAGAUUCUUCAACUUGGAUCCAGGUUCCUCUUGAAGAUACACCAUCCACCCGAACGUCGUUCACUGUUCAGGACCUUAAACCUUUUACAGAAUAUGUGUUUAGAAUUCGUUGUAUGAAGGCUGAUGGCAAAGGAUUCUGGAGUGACUGGAGUGAAGAAGCAAGUGGGGUCACAUAUGAAGAUAGACCAUCAAAGGCACCAAGUUUCUGGUAUAAGAUUGAGCCAUCCCAUACUCAUGGCUAUAGACCUGUACAACUCAUAUGGAAGACUUUGCCUCCUUUUGAAGCAAAUGGAAACAUCUUAGAUUAUGAAGUGACUCUCACAAGAUGGAAGUCGCGUUCACAAAAUUACACAGUUAAUGACACCAAACUGAAAGUAAACCUCACGGAUGAUCGCUAUAUAGCCACUCUGACAGCAAGAAAUCUGGUUGGCAGAUCGGAUGCAUCUGUUUUAAGUAUUCCUGCUUGUGACUUUCAAGCUACAAAACCUGUAAUGGAUCUUAAAGCAUUUCCCAAAGAUAACAUGCUUUGGGUAGAAUGGACUGCUCCAGAUGAAUCUGUAAACAAAUAUAUAAUUGAGUGGUGUGUGUUAUCGGAUAAAUCACCCUGUAUCACCGACUGGCAGCAAGAAGAUGGUGCUAUCCAUCACACCUAUUUAAGAGGGAAGCUAGAGGAGAGCAAAUGCUACUUGAUAACAGUUACUCCAGUAUAUGCUGCUGGACCAGGAAGCCCCGAGUCUAUAAAGGCAUACCUUAAACAAGCUCCACCUUCUAAAGGACCUACUGUUCGGACCAAAAAAGUGGGGAAAAAUGAAGCUGUCUUAGAAUGGGACCAACUUCCUGUUGAUGUUCAGAAUGGAUUUAUCCGAAAUUAUACUAUCUUUUAUAGAACCGUCAUUGGAAAUGAAACUGCUGUGAAUGUAGAUUCAUCCCACACAGAAUACACACUGUCAUCUUUGACUAGUGACACUUUGUACAUGGUACGAAUGGCAGCGUAUACUGACGAAGGUGGAAAGGAUGGUCCAGAAUUCACUUUUACUACACCCAAGUUCGCUCAAGGAGAAAUUGAAGCCAUCGUUGUACCUGUUUGCUUAGCAUUCUUAUUAGUAACCCUUUUGGGAGUAUUAUUCUGUUUUAAUAAGCGAGAUCUAAUUAAAAAACACAUCUGGCCUAACGUUCCAGAUCCUUCAAAGAGCCAUAUUGCCCAGUGGUCACCUCACACACCUCCAAGGCAUAAUUUUAAUCCAAAAGAUCAAAUGUAUUCAGAUGGCAAUUUCACGGAUGUUAGUGUUGUGGAAAUAGAACCAAAUGACAAAAAGCCUUUCCCAGAAGAUCUGAAAUCAUUGGACCUGUUCAAAAAGGAAAAAAAUAGUACCGAGGGACAUAGCAGUGGAAUCGGAGGGUCUUCAUGCAUGUCAUCUUCUAGGCCAAGCAUUUCCAGCAGUGAUGAAAAUGAAUCUGCACAAAAUACUUCUAGCACCGUCCAGUAUUCCACUGUGGUGCAUAGUGGUUACAGACACCAGGUCCCAUCUGUUCAAGUCUUCUCAAGAUCUGAGUCCACCCAGCCCUUGCUGGAUUCUGAGGAACGCCCAGAAGAUUUGCAGUUAGUAGAUAAUGCUGACAGUGGUGAUGGCAUUUUGCCUCGACAGCAGUAUUUCAAACAGAACUGCACUCAACAUGAAACCAGCCCAGAUAGUUCACAUUUUGAAAGGUCAAAACAAGCUCCUUUAGUCAACGAGGAAGAUUUUGUUAGACUCAAACAACAGCAGAUUUCAGAUCAUAUUUCACAGUCUUAUGGAUCUGGGCAGAUGAAAAUGUUUCUGGAAGUUUCUGCAGCAGACGCCUUUGGUCCAGCUACUGAGGGGCAAGUAGUGAAUUUUGAAACAGUUGGGAUGGAGGCUGCAGUUGAUGAUGGAAUGCCGAAAAGUUACUUACCACAGACUGUCAGAAGAGGUGGCUACAUGCCUCAGUGAAAGACUAUCUCCUGUUACAACUUCUGGAUUACCUGUUAACUGAAGCUAAAAACAUUUUAUCUGGAAUUUCAGAUAAAAGAAUCUUCACUAAUUGAAGAUGAUCAUUUUGCCCUUAAGGACAAAAAUGUACUGAACCUUCCCGUGGGCUAUUUCCAUUCCAGGUGAUCCAGAGUCUACUUUAAGCACUACACAAACUGACUUCAUCCUCUGAAGAGCUGAAUGACUUUGUGCUGUUCAGGAUGUUUGCACUGAAGUAAAACAGAAAGCUUGUGUAAAAUGUAUAAAGUAAAACUUACCUGAAAAAUAGAGGGUAUUUAAGUAAUCAGCAGUGAUUAAACGUGGUGGGCACAGCUGACUUUCAUGAGAAUAGUCAUCAAGUAAAGCAGUUUAGGGAGAGUUCAUAUUAAAAAAAAAAAAAGUAGAAGAACAAGGUCUACACCCUCUGCCUCAGCUGACAACAGGGGUCCAGAAGACAUCACUGUGAGCCCAGCCUUUGUUGUCUUAACUCUUAUGUAGUCCUAUCAACAUAGAAUACUUGCUAUUUUCCAUUGGUAAUAAUGCUACCAGAUACUAGAGAAAAGGAAUUCUGGAACUUAAUUGACCAGAUUAAAAAUAUGCAUCUUUUGUAUAUCACAUAAUUACCAAUCUCACUGGAUUUUGAAAAUUUGCUUUCUCUCUUUAUUGACAACCUUUUUUUAAGUUCUGUUUCACACUCGGCAGGAGUCAGGUAUGAACGCCACAAAUAGUCACCGGUAUUUCAGAAGUUGUUUGCCGUUAUGAAGGCCAUUAUAAAAUAACAUUUUCAAUAUAUCAUAUGUGAACAUUAUUGACUUUCCUUGUUACUACUUCACAGUAUUCAAUAGAUGAAGCACUUUAUACAAUAUUCCUUUAGCAUAAAGUUUCCCGGUUCUCACUCCCUAGUGCUAGGGAUUAAACCCAGGGCCUCAACAAACAAGGCAAGUGCUCUACCCAUUAUUUGUUUGUUCAUUGUUUUUUGUUACUGUGGUGCCAGGGAUCAAAGGACCUUAUACAUGCAGGCAAGUGCUCUGCUCUUGAAAUACAUCCCUGACCGCCAUCCCCAGUUUUUUAAAUAUGCUUUGUUUUUGUUUUUCAAUAAGCCAACAUUGAAAUUUCCACUUUUUUCUAAUGCAUGUUUGCAAGAAGCUAAGUUAGAAGAUUUGGGCUAUAUUCAACAAAACAAACACAUCCUCAAAAAUGUAAAUAUUGAUCUUAAUAAGUGUGACAGCAAAUACCCUCAUUGUAGAGACACUUAUUGGAAAAAGUAUUUGAAUAGCUACCAGUUCUGCAUUAGGUGGACCUUAGUUUUACCUGGUGACUUAGGAACCUCAUUCCACGUGUUCUGUUCUUGACUGAAGAAAUGAGCUGGGCCUCCAGUUUACUGCUGAAGACACUUUACAUUUAUGUUAUCCCCUUAACUACCACGUUUGAUGUGGAAGCAGGGGCUAAAGAUAAAAGCUAAGGAAGGAAAAAAUAGUUGUAAAACAUUAGUGGUUGACGACUACUGCCCAGUGAACUAGGAAAAAAAUUGAUUUUGUUUUUUUGCCUAUUUGGAUUACUAAGCUAUAUAUGUCAUAUGUGCUUUCCGUAUUUGGAAAACUAAGCUCAAAGUAAUUUGUAGAGGUUCUUGAAGGGUUUUUUUUUUAAGUUGGUGUACAUUUGCAGUUGAAGUAGAAUGUUCACAUUUGACUGUUGUACUUUUGUCCUUUGCUUUCUUCUAUUUACAUAAUGUCUACUACUCACAGUUCUUUCACCUAGAUGGUCUUUUUUUGUGAAACUAGCAGAUGCCUUAUUCUGAUGUAACCAGUUCACUUUAGGCAGAAUAAACAUGAGAUUGGUAAAAUGACAGAAUUAGAUGAGAAAAAUUAGGCAACAGAAGUCAAAUAGGGGCAGACCCCCAACCUCACACUACAGGAUAAAGCUUUAAUUGUUCAACAUGUGCUAAUCCAGAUCAGGAUGAGAUUUUCUUGUUAAAUCUUUAUCAAUAAAUUUAUAUUUAUUAAUUUUCUGUUUCUUACUAAGUGGUCCUAUUUAGCCUUCUUUGUAACAAUGUUGUGAAGAGCAUUCUAGUGUGAAGUUUGUAAACUGUGGGGAAGGAAUUAUAAAAUGUGAAUUUAUGAUCUAAGGAAAGAGAUUCAUUUUUAUUCUUUUUUUAAUUUUUUUGGGGGGGUCUACAUCUGGCAGUGCUCAGGGGCUACUCCCAGCUCUGUGCUCAGGGGUCACUCCUGGCAGAGCUCAGGGGAUCAUGUGGUGCUGGGAAUCUAACUACAGCUCCAGCAUACAAGCUCAGCCUUAUUAAGCCAUCUCUGACCCCAGGAGUUUCAUUUUCUAAAAGGACAUCAUGCAAGCAAAUUUCUAUCUUGUAACUUGUAUAGGUGUUUCAGUGUCCACCAUUGGACUUUGAUUGUCCUCAAUGUUCAGUGUCCACCAGCACUUUAAAUAUACUAAAUGGAUAUAGUCACUAGUUACUGUACAAACCUCCAUUCAGGAAAUACACAUGCCCGAGAGAGAAGGAAUUAUGAAACUUGUUUUAAGUACAGAAUUACUUUCUUAAAGCAUAUUGAUGUUAUGAUGCAUGCUAGUUUUCCUUUAGGCAGGCAGAGAAACAAACUUGGUUUUUGUUUAUGUGAAAUUUUACAAAUUAAUGGAUUUAUUACCCAUUGAGUUACUAGUAUCCCAAAAUUUUAAAUUCUGAAACAUCAAAAAACAGCCUUUUUAUAUACAAAACUAAUUUGAUUCCUUAUAUAGCUGCCUUUGAAUUUAACAAGCAUGUUACAUUUAUUGCUAUUAUAAUUGACUAUUAGUUGCUGGUGGUUUUGGUUUCCUACCCUCAUAAUGCUGGAUAACUAUUGGAAAAUCUUAUCAACCAUCAAACUCACAGAAAGAGAAAUUGAAUCCUUUUUAGCAUGGAUCAGAGGGCUGUCAAUCUCCCCCUCACCAUUUUAGUAUAGUGACGGGAGGUGAGAAAGCAAAAAUAUUCUGAGUUCUUAUUCUUCUCUAAUUUGUUCAUUGAAUAUAAAUCUUGUUCCUGAGAUUUUAAAGCAGCCAUUCCAUAAUCUAACAUACUGUGAAGUUAAAAGUGGCAUAUACUUUUAAAACAUUAAAGCUCAUAUUUAAAGCAAAAUCAAAAUUUAAAGAUAUCUUUUCUCCCAAUACCAUUACAAUCCUGACAUAAAUAGAGAAGUAGACUAUAGAAUUCCCUAAAAUUUUUGCUAAUUGACAUACAUUGACAAGUUGGUCAAGUGGGAGAUAUAUUAGAGUCCACAUCUCACUCCUCUAAUUUUAAGAACAAAUUUCUAAAUCCUAUACUCCAUUUCAGAUCAUUUUUAUUAGGAAUGGGUAAGAUAUAAAACUGCUACAUUAGGUUAAACUUUUAAAGAUUUAUGGAAUAACUCUGGGUUGUAUAGGUUGUAUUAGGUUCUGUUUCCCAGGUAAGAUAAAGAUUUGUGGUUUUUUUUUUUUUGCACUUAUGUAUAAUUUAAGAAACUCUGGUGCCAUAAAAUGGCAAAAUAUGUAGAAUUAGUGUAAAACUGAGUUUGACAUAGAUGCCGAGGAGAUUUCAACUGUAGCAAACUUACAGUCUAAUCCUUUUUUAGACUGUUUCUGACAGCAGUUUCUUUUCAGACUAUUUGUAAAUAGAAUUCAGAUGUAAGUCAGAACAAGUUUCCAAAGCCAGUGUAAUAUUCUGAGAUUAAUCUAUUUUUUGAGGAUAUUGCUAAGAGUAUGUGCAUUUAGCAUGAUAUUCUAGUAUACAUUGUACGUUAAAAUUUUUUUAAAGGCAGCUCAGGGUGAGCUCUUCUAUUACCUAUUUGCUGCAAAAUUUUAAAGGGCUUUUUGUAGUCAGUUCCUUCACACUGAUUAACUUCAUUACCCUGUCGAUUCUUUAAAGUUGCUAGAUCAAAAUGACAAUGCAGUUGAGGAAGGUCAAUGGUGAUAGAUGUUCUAGAUCUUUUAUCCUUUAACACAAUCUGUGUCUGAAUGAUAACUACAUUUUUCUAAUGCUAUUACGUGAAUUCCAUAAUGUGAGUGUUGGAAUAAAGGGAUAUUUUAAUGGUAGAUAUUUGAAAAUUCUUUAGUCUUAAUGUGUAUCAGUUUUGAAUAAUAUACUCUAAAAGUAAGUGUGCAAUUUGCUUGUAUUAUAGUGUAGUAAUUAGCACUAUGUAUGUUUCCCAUUCAUAUCGUAGCUAUGUCCCAUUUACUUCUAUGUGCAAUUCUUUCAAGUUCCCUUGCUAUACUUACUGCUCACCUAGUCUAACUUUAUAAGAAGGCUUGUCUAGAGUACUGUUGUAUUUUUACAUUUACAGUGAAUUGCAUGUACUCAUUGUAACCACAGAUACUGUUUUUACAUUUUUAUGUUGACAGAACUCGAUAAAUUUUCUCAUAUAUCAGUUUUAAUUCUUUAAUUUUACUGAAUAAACUUUUGUUCACAUUUGUGUGUG